AUGGAUUGGUGUGGCUGCGACACAAUUUGCCGACCGGAUGGUUGCCCAAAUGCAUUGGGUAGCAUAUUUUGUGCUCGGAAUAACUGCCUCAACGGAUCUGACCGUGGCAAUCGACUGAGAACUGUGAGUGGCCUGCACCUAGCGCGUGGAAAUAUUGGAUACUCUGUUUUCACGUCUGAGGAUAUUGAAAGUGGAAGUAUUGUUGCUGAGUACGCUGGUGUGUUGACAACACACGACUACCGUAAGGACAGGAAAAGAACCAGCAACUACACCAUCGGUUUGGCCGCGCGGUCGUCGCGCAAGGAGAACUUUAACGAUGGAGGAUAUUCGAGCUGGAAGCGAGGUCACUGUUGA